UAGAACGCCCUCUUCCUCCGCCAGGUUGCUUGCGUCUUCUUCGACUUGAAAUGUCCCGCAAAGAAGGUGUCCUCCGACCUCAAACAAGUCUCAAACAGCGGGGGUGACUUCCCUGUGGAGGCAGGCCUCUCCUGUCCGUAAGGGGAGUACAAAUGUUGGGAGAAGAGCACAAGAAGAGCGUCCUGACAUGAAGAAGAAGUGAAGCCGCACAAAGUUGAGCUACAGCUCAAGGGGGCGGAGCCAUGUCUGUCUGUUUACGACUGACACCUAGCGGCCACAAGUAAAAGUACAGGCACCUUUUUGGUUGAGCUGCAAAAGGCAAGACGACAGGCGCUGUGACGUCACGCAAAUGCGGAAGAGGGAGAGGGGCGGAGCCUUCUCGAAGAUGGCGUUACUGCGCUGUCGGCGGGAUCCUUGCGGGGUUGUCUGCCUCGUUUUGACUUAUUUCAGUGUCUUCUAUGCGGACUACGUGGUGGUCCAAUAUGUGCUCAUCCCCGCGUACUCGGAUAGUGUGUGGUGCACCCUGCAUGGCUCUGCGUUCAACGUCAUUCUGCUGCUGCUGCUGGCCUGCCACUCCAAGGCCGUGUUCUCGGACCCUGGUGUGGUGCCCCUCCCAGACACCGCGCUCGACUUCUCAGACCUUCGCUCACAGUCGUCGCGGAUGAGCGACCGGGGGUGCGAGGGCUGGACUGUGUGUAGCCGCUGUGAAACCUACAGACCCCCCCGUGCGCAUCACUGUCGUGUGUGCCAGAGAUGUAUACGCCGCAUGGAUCAUCACUGCCCCUGGAUCAAUAACUGCGUGGGAGAGCUAAACCAAAAGUAUUUCAUCCAGUUCCUCUUCUAUACGGGCGUGGCCAGCCUGUACUCCAUGUUGCUGGUGGUGUCGGCUUGGGUGUGGCGCAUCAGGAGCGAGCUGGACGGAGACGCCCAGAAGGAGGAGGACACACCCAGCAAACAUCUGAUUGUUGCGCAUUACAUCAUCCUGCUUGUGGAGUCCGUCCUCUUUGGAGUCUUCGUCUUGGUCAUCUUUUAUGAUCAGUUGGCCUCCAUCGUAAGUGACGAGACACCCAUUGAGCAGAUGAGGAACAGGCUCAUGAUGAAGGAUAGAGGUUCCUCGAACUCGUCGCAGCCACCUCACCACGCCGCACACACACGUAAGCCCAAGCUGGCGUUGUUGCGGGAGGUUUUCGGACGAGGUUCCGUCUUCUGCUGGCUCCUCCCGUUACACUCCAGUGCCCCUUCAGUUGGUGGUGUUGCCUACUCUGCCCUACCCGACUAUGACGUCUGAACUGUGGAGCAGGGGCUCAUGAAUGUUCCGCCUAACGAUGAAGAUGUGCCUCAUGAACUCGUGCACGUGGUUCCGCCUGUGUCCUGCAGCUAAAUUCCCAGGAUUUUUUUCCUCAUGUUUACUUUUCGUGUGAACACUUGGGAAUAUUUUACAUAUUUAAAUGAGAAAUUUAUACAAAUUUGAUAGAAUUUGAGAAUAUGUAGCCCCUCGGAGGGCAACUAAUGGAAUGUCAAGGACCUUCCUUCCAAAUGAUCCAUGCUGCAUUUUGUCCGAAUGUACCCCCGUUCCCAAGCUGUGUCUCAGUUUAUACACUUCCGUUACUCGUGUUAGUCUCUCCCCCUUCCCUACGUGGCAAAUAUCGAGCACUUAUGCAUUGAAAAGAUGACUCCAUAAGUGUACCAAUUGAGACACAGCUUUUGUUUGUGUUGUUUUUGUGACUCCUCCUACAUCACGGCAGUCGAACUGAAAGAUGAGGAAGCACUGAAGGGAUUUGUUUUUUAUGCUAUUAUAUUAUUUAUUUAUGUGUUUGUAUUUGAGCUCCGAUGACGUGUUACUGGCUUGAAGUGUGUUGCACAUUUACACACAUGCAGUAUCGUACAACGCUGUGUCUCAGUGAAGGAAUACUUCAUGUUUACAUGAACUACAAACAAAAAAAAUGCACGUUUUUUUUAUAUUGAUAUCAAGUGUAUGCGAUGUCCAAAAAUGCACUAAGAUGAAUUUAUCUUCAAUUCUGUUUGUAAUUGUGGGUAAAAUCAUCAUUUUUAUGACAGCAGUCUUGUAUAUGCGAACAAGGUGAUUGUUUCCCCAGCAACAGCAGAGACUGAAGCUAAUUCAUUGGACAUUUUCUAUGAAAUUGUUAUUCAGUUUACAUGUAGAAUAUGUCUUGUUUUUAUUCUUUCUUUUGCAAUUCCUGUUAACCUUUCAUGCACUUGUUGAGCUGCUCUACUGGAAAGGGUUUUUUGCUUGUGUCAAAUGGUUUUAUAAUGAGGACGGAUACAAGUGUUAUUUACUGUUGCGACACUUAACUUAUUGUUACCAUUGCUGCUGCUGCUUUACUCCGACUUCCAAUUUAAACAUGUCUUUUCAACACAACUAUGUGUAGGUGUGGA